AUCCUUAUGAAGACCAAUUAGUUUGUUCUAUGGUAGAAGAUGCAUGUAGGGUCAUGGCCAAAAAUGACAUACUAAUCAUGAGUGCAAGGUCUAAAACCAAAGUGUUCUAAUCUGAUAGAGUUUCAUGUCCAGUAACAUGAGAACUCUUUUUCUCUUUUUCAAUCUUUAUACUUCUUGGUUGCUAAUAUGCUCUUCUCAGCUUUGUUUAGCAGGAGAUACUUUGAACAUUGGCCAGAAGAUAUUAAGCAAUGAAACCUUAAACAACCUUGUUUCAGCUGGAAAAAUGUUUGAACUUGGCUUCUUUACUCCAAGCAACAAUGGUAACUCACAAAGAUACUUAGGUAUAUGGUAUCACAUUCAAGAGGAGUCACAACAACCUCAAAAACAAACAGUGGUGUGGGUUGCCAACAGAGACAACCCUGUAGCUGUUGAUUCCAUUGGAGUUUUCCAAAUAGCAGAGGAUGGGAAUCUCGUAGUUUUAGACACAUCCGGUAAUGAAAAAAGGUACUGGUUUUCUAAUUCCAGUUCCAAAAUCAAAGACUCUUCUAGUUUUUCACCUAAAAUCAGAACAGUGAAACUCAUGGAUUCUGGUAACCUUGUUUUAUAUGACGAUGAACUCAUGGAAGUGAAACUGUGGGAGAGCUUUGAAAAUCCAACUGACACAUUCCUACUUGGAAUGAAUAUGGAUAAGAAUUUGAGUCUGACUAGUUGGAAAGGUGCUGAUGACCCAAGCAGUGGGGAUUUCACUUUUAAGACAAUGGACAACCGUUUCAUCAUCUUAAACCGAAGUGAAAUUCAUUGGGAGAGCGAAGAGCACGGAAAGCAUGAUCAAUUGGACGACAUCAGCUUUGAGGUUUAUAAUUUGUUGACCAACUUCAGUUUUCUUGUUUAUAAUUCGUCAAACAAAUUCAGUUCACCUGAAAAACGGAACAGAUCAGUAAUUCGUAACGAACAGUAUAACAAUAAAAGAUUGUUCCUCAAUUCCACAGGUGUGAUACAGUGGGUGGAAGAUGAUUUGCUAGUUAUAUGGAAGCAGCCAAGAAGCAAAUGUUUAACAUAUAAUGCUUGUGGAAACUUUGCUAGCUGUAAUGACGAUGAUAGCGUUUGCAAAUGUUUACCAGGAUUCUACAAUGAUAACCAGGGAGAGGAAGAUUCUUCACGACAUUGUACGAGGAGAAAAACAACAUUCUGUACUGAAAAUGACACGAAGUUCUUGAACUUGACCAUGAUUAAAACAGGAAGGCCAGAUAUAAAGGUAACCGUGGAAUCUCAAAAAAAAUGCGCAGAUUUGUGCCAUGGGAUGUGUCCACAGUCACAGUGCCAGGCUUACUCAUAUGCUCAAGUCCCUGAUAAGCAGCAGCGUGGUCUUAUUCCUUCAAACUGUUGGAUCUGGACACACAGUUUAACUACUCUUAAAGAAGAGUAUACUAGUUGGGAUGAUGAUCGUAGACUCAUUAUCCUAGUUGAUAAAUUAGACAUAGAACCAACUCCAAGAACUUGUGAGCCCUGUGGUACAAACACAGUCCCUUAUCCUCUCAGUACCGGACCCAACUGUGGAGACCUCGCAUACUUCAACUUUAGAUGCAAUACCACAACAGGCCAAGGUCACCUUAGCUUCACGGCCGCUAACAACGUUAGUUACAGAGUUAUUCGUGUUGAUCAAAGUAGAAGAAAGCUUACCCUUCAUAAUGAGGAUUAUUCCUUUACUAGUUGUGAUGAAGGAUCUAAACGGACAGGAAGUCUGAACGUUUCUUUACCGUUUCGCAUGACCAGUGACAAUACGUGCUCUGAACAACUUGAAGUUAGUUGGGAACCACCUUCCGAACCCAUCUGUAAUAACUCUGUUGAUUGCCAUGGCUGGAACCAUUCUACUUGUAGUAAAGGAAAGAGGUGUCUUUGCAAUGCAAACUAUAACUGGAAUGGCGAAUCUUUAAAUUGUACCAAAACACCUAGAUCCUCUCCUACUGCUACAAAAGAGCCAAACAGAGAGAAGUCUAAAAGCUUAUUCUAUUUGAUUCUGGGCUUAUCUCUUUUCGGCGUAGUUGCUCUAGUUGGCAUCAUUAUUUUUGCUUAUGCAUGCAGAGGAAGAAUAGUGCAUAUGAUUAAGCAAGAUAAGGAUAGCGUACGAAGAAAUAUCAGAGGGCGAUUUUACGACAGUGAAAGACAUGUGAAGGAUUUGAUAGACAUGGAGGGAUUGGAAGAGAAUGACAAUGAAGGAAUAGAGGUUCCGUAUUUCGAUUUCGAGAGCAUACUAAUGGCGACAGAUGACUUUUCCGAUGCAAAUAAACUUGGAAAAGGUGGUUUUGGGCCAGUUUACAAGGGUAAGCUUGGUGGUCAAGAAAUUGCAGUAAAGAGACUUUCAAAUGUUUCAUCACAAGGCUUACAGGAAUUUAAGAAUGAGGUUGUUUUGAUUGCUAAACUUCAACAUCGAAACCUUGUUAAAUUACGGGGCUACUGCGUAAAAGGAGAGGAAAAAAUUCUGCUUUAUGAGUAUAUGCCUAACAAGAGCCUGGACUUAAUGAUAUUCGAUUCGACAAAAAGCGUAAUUUUGGAUUGGCCAAUGCGGUUUGAAAUAAUUCUCGGAAUUGCUCGUGGACUGCUCUAUCUUCAUCAAGACUCAAGACUUAGAGUUAUUCACCGAGAUUUGAAAACUAGCAACAUUCUUCUAGACGAGGAGAUGCAACCGAAAAUCUCAGAUUUUGGACUAGCAAGAAUAGUUGGAGGGAAAGAAACUGAGGCAAGCACAGAGAGAGUUGUUGGUACAUACGGGUACAUGUCUCCUGAGUAUGCCUUGGAUGGAUAUUUCUCAACAAAGUCAGAUGUUUUCAGUUUUGGCGUUGUCUUGCUUGAGAUCAUCAGCGGAAAAAAAAACACCGGAUUCUAUCGGUCUAAAGAGAUUUCAAGCCUUUUGGGUUAUGCUUGGAGACUAUGGAGAGAAGAUAAAUUGCAAGAUUUAAUGGACCCAACUCUAAGUGAUACUUACAACGUUAACCAAUUUAUUAGGUGUUCACAAAUUGGACUCUUAUGCGUACAAGACGAACCAGAUGAUCGUCCACACAUGUCAAAUGUGGUGACCAUGCUCGACAAUGAAACUACAACCCUCUUAACACCUAAACAACCAACCUUUUUUACACGUAAUAAAGACCUCUCAAGCACAGCUUCUUCAAGUUUGCAGCUUGAUAGUAUCAUUGAAGAAGGACGAUGAGAGAUAAAACAUUGCUCCAAUUGGACACUUUUGGAACAAAAAUUUGUUCAAGCAAUCAUUUGUUUGUUUUGUUGUCUUACUUUUCAAUUAUACUAGUAGUUCAAAUUCAUGUAACUUUGAGCACAAUUGUAUAUUGGCAAUGUCGCAAACAUAACAAUAAUUGCUGGAAAUAAAUUUAUUUCUUGUUA